AUGCCUAGGAAGGAGGGGCCUCAGCUUCUGGGGAAGGCCUGGCUCAGCCUCGUUGCACCCUCUCCAUCCCUGACGUGUUGCAAGGCCCUCGAGAGCCCGCCGCUGCCCAUCCCCACGACAGAGCGCCGUUUGCAGGCAGGGCGCCGCACCGAGACCUGCAACCGGCCCGCCCCUUUCCCAGGGUCGGUGAAUUCGGCCGGAGGGAACCGAUGUGUGGACGCGGCCGAAGCCUGCACGGCGAACGCGCUGUGCCAGCGGCUGCGCUCCGAGUUCGUGGCGCAGUGCCUGGGCCGGGCCGCGCAGGGGAGCUGUCCCCGCGCCCGCUGCCGCCGCGCCCUGCGCCGCUUCUUCGCCCGCGGGCCACCCGCGCUCACCUACGCGCUGCUCUUCUGCCCCUGCGGGGGCUCCGCGUGCGCCGAGCGCCGGCGCCAGACCUUCGUGCCCUCCUGCGCCUUCUCCGGGCCCGGCCCCGCGCCUCCCUCCUGCCUGGAGCCCUUAGAGGUUUGCGAGCGCAGCCGGGUCUGCAGGCCCCGCCUCCUGGCCUUUCAGGCUUCCUGCGCGCCCGCGCCCAGCGCCCCCGACGGUUGCCUGUGGGACCAGCGCGCCCGCUGCGUGCGCGCCUACGCGGGCCUCAUGGGCACAGCUGUCACUCCCAACUACGUGGACAACGCGAGCGCGCGCGUGGCGCCCUGGUGCCACUGCGGAGCCAGCGGGAACCGGCGUGAGGACUGCGAAACCUUCCGGGGGCUCUUUACCAGGAACCCCUGCUUGGAUGGUGCCAUUCAGGCCUUUGCCAGCCGGUGGCCCCCAGUCCUGCUGGACCAGCUGAACCCCCAAGGGAACCCUGAGCACAGCCUCCUGCAGGUGUCUUCCGCAGGCGGGGCCCUGGAGGGGCACUCCCUGCUCUCCAUACUCCCUGUCCUGGCUCUUCUGGCCCUACUCUGACUAGGACAGCGAUCUCGGACAGCACAGCCAGCCACCCCACCCUGCCUGCCUGGGCCACCUCUGUGGCCUACUGGCCCAUUGAAAAGGGACUGGCCUACCUCCCACAGCAGCGCUGGUGCUCUCACCCCGCUGCCCUUUGUAGGUCUGGACAUCCUGUGUGCCAUCCCCUGGAGCAAGGGAUGUAGGCUGGGCCUUACUGCAAAGCCCCCACUCUCCCUGUCAGGAAGCAUCUUGGUUGUAGGUCCCUUUAUCCAUAGACCUUGAGACAAUUGGGGUCUCUCAGAAGGUGAAUCAGUAGAGGGUCACUUCUGUAGCUGAAGCCUCCCUGGAGCCCCAGAUCACCUAGGGAAGGUCAGAGACCUUCCAGACUCCCAGAAAUCUAGGAAAUGGUAUCAGCCUGCCAAGCAGAUAAUUCCCUAGGAAUGCAUUGGGCAGACUUAACAGGCAAGACCCCUUCUAACACUGCAUCCUCCCACUGGGCGUUACCCACCAUUGCCACCUGUGCACCAUGAGCAUGCUGGCAGUCCUUCCUGUUCUCCAUAUGCUGCUGCAUGGGCCCCACGCUGUGCUCUGCCUGGCACUGGCCUUGUGGCCAUCUUCCCCCUGGUUUCCCACAGCCAUGGGAAUGGCAUACAGUGCUUAUUAAACCCAUGUGCACUGAGACUGA